CAGUAUGACAUGCAGAUGAGUGCCGUCGAUCUCUUAGAAUCACCGCACACUUCACUCAUUUGGGCAGUCACGGGGCCAAAACCAGAGUGUGGAGCCACAGUGUGGCGGUGGAGGCAGCAGCAAUGGGAGGCCAUACAGCACCCUAUGACAAAAUGGAACCCACCAGCAGUGUGAGGAGACCUGAAAGUGGCACAUGGCAGAGUGUGGCGAUGGAGACAGCAGCAAUGGGAGGCCGUACAGGGACCCAUGAGAGACUCUGGACCUGGCAGCAGCAUGAGGAGGCGGUACAGGGGCCCAUGACAGAUUACGGGCCUGGCAGCAGCAUGAGGAGUCGGUACGGGGCCAGCACCCUAUCACAAAAUGGAACCCACCAACAGUGUAAGGAGACCUGAAAAGUGGCACAUGGCAGAGUCUGGCGAUGAAGUCAGCAGCAAUGGGAGGCCGUACAGGGACCCAUGACACACUCUGGACCUGGCAGCAGCAAGA